GUCAAGCGACAAAAUAAACGGGAAGAAGCGAGUAAUAAUUUUAUGUCCGUUGCGGCGCGGAGAGCCUCCCGCAGAAGUGCCAUUACAGUGUAUACAAUUAUACACACAAGCAGCUAGGUAAAACUGUGUGGCUUGUUAAUCGCAAAAUAAUGGGUGAAGAAACAGAGCAGCAGCAAUUAAAUCAAGAAGACAUUGAGAUGGCUGAAGAAAUUAAACAAGAAACUCAACAAGCAGAGCAAUCAUCUUACACUUGGCCGGUGAUUCGUUUCGAUGUUUCACCCUAUAGAACUUACAAUUUCUACAAUCAGUUUAGGACCAACCCUUCUAACCCUAACAACUUCCUCAAAGGCAUUAGAUGGUCUCCAGAUGGGUCUUGCUUUCUUAUUUCUACCGAUGACAAUACCUUUCAUGCCUUCAAUUUACCAGACAAUGAGAGUAGCAAUUAUGUGAAUGCUUCUGAAGGGAAUGCAGAUUCAUAUAAUGCCAGCCUUGUUUUGAAAGAGGGUGAGGCUAUAUAUGACUACUGCUGGUACCCGUUCAUGUCUGCUUCAGAUCCUGUUACAUGCGUAUUUGCGAGCACUACUCGGGACCACCCUAUACAUCUUUGGGAUGCUGCUUCAGGCCAGCUGCGCUGCACUUAUAGGGCAUUUGAUGCUAUGGAUGAGAUCACUGCUGCAAUGUCUAUUGGCUUCAACCCUGCUGGGACCAAGAUUUUUGCCGGGUAUAACAAAACCAUUAGGAUAUUUGACAUUCAUCGUCCUGGUAGAGAUUGUGAACAACAUUCAACUCAUCAUAAAAAUAAGGAAGGGCAAUCAGGAAUCAUAUCUGCAAUAGCUUUUUCACCUACUCAUACGGGAAUGCUUGCAACUGGAUCAUAUAAUCAAACUACAGCAAUAUACAGGGAAGAUAAUAUGGAAUCUCUGUAUGUCUUACAUGGCCAAGAAGGUGGGGUAACACAUGUACAAUUUUCAAAUGAUGGUAAUUAUUUGUACACAGGGGGUCGUAAGGAUCCUUAUAUUAUUUGCUGGGACAUUCGCAACACUGUCAAUAUUCUUUACAAGUUGUACAGAUCAACAGAAACUACUAAUCAACGAAUUCAGUUUGACAUUGAGCCCUCUGGCCGACAUCUCGGUACUGGUGGUCAGGACGGUUUAGUUCACAUAUAUGAUCUGCAAACAGGGCAAUGGGUCUCAAGCUUCCAAGCAGCAUCAGACACUGUCAGUGGUUUCUCUUUCCAUCCAUAUCUUCCAAUGGCAGCUUCUUCAUCAGGGCAUCGAAGAUUCUGGGAACAUGAUGAUGAUGAAGAUAAUUCGAACCUAUCUGGUGAAGAAAAUUGUGCUUCUGUAUGGAGUUUCUCUUACUAUUCAGCAGAGGAUUACGAUGCUAGCACCAACUCUGGAGAUAUAAAUGAAAAACCUGAAAACGAAUUAAAUGGACAACCUGAAAAUGAAAGCUUUCCUUGAGGAUUUUUGAUUCUGUAAGUUGUAUACUGGCUUUAAAUGUCACAGAGAUUUUAUCAUCAUAAAAUAUUCUUUUCAAGGCGGGACCCUUUAUGUGGGUCGCGGUUCUGAGCAAAAUUUUCCAAUCUCGAGUUACUUUUUUGAUGAGUGGUUCUGGUGUGAUGUACGAGUUGGAUAUCACCGCUUAAA